CCAAGUCCACUAAGUCCGCGCCUGGAGGGCCAGAGAUUGGAGAUUUUACUGUCUUGUGUCAACCGGGUGCAAAAGAGCCCAUCGGAGACCUUCGAGGGCGUUUUCGGGGCCCUUUAACUAACUCGUGUUUGACUCUAAUCCCGAGCUACGUUACCCAAAAUUAUGAUGACAAACGCCCCAGUUUAUGUCAGUGUUUUUAUCGAAUAAUUUCGUAUAGCCUUGACGCGGUCGAACGAUGAGGUUUACCUCGCCCGAACUAAACAGUGAUUCUCAACUCGGUCCCCCGUGUUGAUGCAACCGAAUGCUCACCAGUGACUAAUAAAGUGCGUGAAUUUUUUGAAUUUUAAUUUAGGCAGUGGUUUAAUUUUUUCCGGUGGACAGGUUAGGAAGCUUAAAGGGGGAAAAUAACAGGGACUCGGUCAAAUCGUGGUCCGGACUCUACGGUUUGUUUACAAUCGGUGCGAUUUGCGCAAUUGUACCGGCGACGGUUUGUUGACAUUGUUUUGGCAGUUUUUUUUUGUCGGUUUUGGUUUAUUUGUGAAUUUUUAAUUGAAUUAAUAAAAUAUGGCGGACGACGAGGUGCUUUUUGAUGAUGUUUAUGACUUGUGCGAGGAGAUUGGAAGGGGGCCAUUCAGUAUAGUUCGACGAUGCAUCCACAGACAGACUGGCCAGCAGUUCGCUGUCAAAAUCGUGGACGUAGCAAAAUUCACUUCUAGUCCCGGACUAAGCACAAAUGAUCUGAAGAGAGAAGCCACGAUAUGUCACAUGCUCAAACAUCCACAUAUCGUCGAGCUACUCGAGACCUACUCUUCAGAGGGGAUGCUUUAUAUGGUUUUCGAAUACAUGGAUGGAUCAGACUUGUGCUUCGAAGUAGUACAGAGAGCCACUCAAGGAUUUGCUUACAGUGAAUCUGUUGCAAGCCAUUACAUGCGGCAAAUCCUGGAGGCUCUCCGGUAUUGCCACGAAAACGACAUCAUUCAUCGAGACAUAAGUCCCGAAAGCAUUCUGCUGGCCACUAAAGAAAACUCGGCACCGGUUAAAUUGGGCGGCUUUGGGAUUGCUGUUCAGUUACCUGACAAACAUUUCAAUAACGUUCCUGAAAACGGAGUGUGUGAGUACAGGACGAACCUGUGUCCCAUGGGCAGGAUGUAUCUGAAGGCUGACAAGGCCGGUAGGGUAGGCUCUCCCGCUUUUAUGGCUCCAGAGGUGGUCGAAAAGAAAUCAUAUGGAAAAGCCGUAGAUAUCUGGGCCGCUGGUGUUUUACUUCACGUGCUUCUGUCUGGGACCCUUCCAUUUCACGGUAGCGGAAGAAGAUUGACUGAGGCCAUUUGUCGUGGGAAACUAUCGAUAAAUGCGUCACCACUUUGGGAAUUUAUUAGUGAUAGUGCUAAAGACCUUAUCCAACAAAUGUUAACAGUUGAUCCUAAGCAAAGAAUAACGAUACAAGAAGUACUUAAUCAUAGGUGGCUAAGGGACCGUGAUAAAGCCCUUAGGAUCCACUUAAAUGAUACUAUAGAAGAACUUAAAAAAUAUAAUAGUAAACGAAAGCUUAAAAGAUGUAUUUUUAACGCUGUGAACUCUAGCAAAUGGUAUAAUUUCGAUGAAGGAUCGGACGAUUUUUUUUCCGAUUUUGGAAACGAAGUGACUUCAAUGGCUGUGUCUACUAUAGCAGAUACUUUAGAUGACGUGUAUUGUCUACAAGAAUCACAACCACAAGAACGACCUCAUUUAUUAGCCUUAUUAGAAGAUAACAAGCUACACUCGAUACUUGACAUUUUCGAUUUAGUCGUAACUCGUCUGCCAACGCCUAUUAAGGCGCCAUCUACCGACGCCGUACAAUGCUGCCUUUAUGUUUUGGAGGUUUUACGGGAUCUGGACCAUCGAAGGGACAUCGAUCGACGCGACGUUCACGAGCUGAGAGAUCUACUUACCCGAAUACAUUUUAAGGCUCUUCUUCAAGCCCACGACGUAGUGGCCCAUGAGGUCUAUGGAGAAGACGCGGUCCGGGUCACGCCUCCCCCUCUGCUGCCGUACCUCAACGGAGGGGAUGACCUGGAUGGGCCAAAUGGGGAUGUGGAACUGGAAAAUGUUACCAGGGUGCGGCUGGUUCAAUUUCAAAAAAAUACGGAUGAACCAAUGGGAAUUACAUUAAAAAUGAACGAGGAUGGAAAAUGUAUAGUAGCAAGAAUAAUGCAUGGAGGGAUGAUACAUCGACAAGCAACUCUUCAUGUAGGAGAUGAAAUUAGGGAAAUAAAUGGAAUACCUGUUGCAAAUCAGCCAGUCGGUGCAUUACAGAAAAUACUCAGGGAAGCUAGAGGAUCUGUGACGUUUAAAAUAGUUCCCUCUUACCGAAGUGCCCCACCGCCCUGCGAGUUGUUCAGGAUUAAACCACUGCCGGUACUUAUAUUCGUCAGGGCACAAUUCGACUACGAUCCUCUAGAGGACGAUCUGAUUCCGUGUGCGCAAGCGGGUAUAGCCUUUAAAACUGGUGAUAUAUUACAAAUUAUUAGUAAAGAUGAUCAUCACUGGUGGCAAGCUCGCAAAGAUCAAGCAGGAUCAGCUGGUCUGAUCCCAUCACCUGAAUUGCAAGAAUGGAGGGCUGCAUGUGCAGCAAUGGAAAAGACUAAACAGGAACAAGUCAAUUGCUCAAUAUUUGGAAGAAAAAAGAAGCAGUACAAGGAUAAAUAUUUGGCUAAGCACAACGCAGUUUUUGACCAAUUAGAUUUAGUUACUUAUGAAGAAGUUGUCAAAUUACCUAUGACCGAUCCAGCAUUUCAAAGAAGAACUCUUGUACUGCUCGGAGCACACGGAGUUGGCAGGAGGCAUAUAAAGAACACACUUAUAGCAAGACAUCCUGAUCAAUACGCCUACCCAAUUCCACAUACAACGAGACAUCCCAAGGCAGACGAAGAAAAUGGACGGAACUACUUCUUUGUAACUCAUGACGAGAUGAUGACCGAUAUUACAGCUAAUGAAUAUCUUGAAUAUGGAACACACGAGGAUGCUAUGUAUGGAACUAAGUUGGACACAAUAAGAAAAAUACAUCAAGAAGGCAAGAUGGCAAUAUUGGAUGUGGAACCUCAAGCUUUAAAAGUACUUAGAACAGCGGAGUUUGCUCCAUAUGUUGUUUUUAUUGCUGCACCGCAAUUACAAAAUAUUGCUGAUUUUGAUGGAAGCUUAGAACGUCUCGCCAAAGAGUCCGAAAUGUUAAAGCAAGCAUAUGGACACUACUUCGACCUGAUCAUAGUGAACAACGACAUCGAUGAGACCAUUAGCGCACUGGAAACCGCCAUCGAAAAAGUCCAGACGACGCCCCAAUGGAUUCCGGUGUCGUGGGUGUACUGACAUCACGCAAACCUGGACUACUACGGGUCUCUUCAGUAUUUUUAACAGUGAAUAUGACGGCGACCUUGUGUAAGGUUCGCCAUGGAUUAUCAGGAAAAUUAAUCAGUCUAGCAAUGUAACGUGUAUAUGGUAUAAAAGUCAAGCAGUUUUGGUUACUGGUUUAAAUGUUAUUAAAUUUAUGAAAUUUGUUUUUAAAUUCAAAUAUAUAACAGCAUAUGGUGCUUUAAGCACUAAAUGAGUAUACAGUUUAAAGAGUAUUUUGUAUAUUAAUAGGAUUUAAAAGGUUGUCUUCUAGUUCUCUGGUUAAAUUUGCUAAAUCUAGUUUUUUACCACACAAUAUUGCAAUUUAUCAAAUCAAAUUAUAUUUUAAACUUAAAACAAAUAGGAUUCAACGGACAUGAUAUCAUUAAAUUAAUUUUCAAUAAUCAUGAAAAAAUAAAUCAUUUUAUAAUAACACAAAGCAUAUAGAGGCGAUCAUUUCAGACAAAUUGGCUUUCAAAGCCUAUAACUUAAAUAUUAAUAACAAUUUUUGACAAUUAUUAUACUACGUUCUCAAUAUGAUAUAGGCAUCAGCAGGUACGAAAAAUUGUUAUAAAUUUUUUAAUUAAGUUGUGUCAUUGGUGGUGGUUGUACUACAUUAAUGGUGGUUUUUUACACUAGCAUAUGUAAUAAGAUCUGAUUGUUUUACUGAAUACUUUAGGAUUUCUUUAAUCUAUAUCUCAAUUAAAAAAAAACAUAUUUCAUAUUAAUAAACAAAUUGAAGAGCCUUUCAAGUUUUUCAUUAUGAGAGUUGUAUAUAAACUAAGAACUCUAUUAAUAAGAGAAACCUAUUAUAAUUCAUUAUAUCCUAUUAUGAGCUGUUUUUGGGGAGUUUUAAGAAAGCCAUUAGAAUUCCUUGUAAAGUCAAUAAUUUAGUUUGUUUUUUUAAAAUACUACUCUUUAAAUAUAUUUUAAAAAAUUUUAUAGAUAAAUUAGAAAUAACCAAUAUUUAAAUGCUACAAUUGCAUCUGAUUCGCCUUUAAUAAAAACUCUUUCGAAAACUUACUUAGCAGUGUUUUUAAAUGUUAAUUUAUUAAAUGAAUUUAAAAUAAUAAAUAAUUGUUUAAUAAUGAAUUAUUAUUAAAUCAAAGCUACUAACUAUUAAUAUUAAUAUAUAUUAUAUUUAAUAUUUAAAAAUUAAUAAAUAUUUAAUACGAAAUAAUUCGUAUUCGGAAAAUGAACUAUAGUUAAAUGAAGCCUGCUUGUAGCGUUACUUGCUUAUGAAAGUAUACUGAGCUAUUCUUUUGAUGUAAAAAAUCUUUGUUUUUUUUUAAAUAUAUAAACGAUUGAUGCUAUUAUAAACUCAUCAAUGCAUUUAUGAAGAUACUCUAAUUAAAUGUAACACUCUUUGGCGUAUUUAGGUUUUAUUAAGAUAAGCGAGUCUACGGCACCUUUGAAGUGUAACAUAUUAAAUAAUUUAAUUUUUUUUGGCUUUACUACUUUACGAUAACAUUUUAAUAAAACAUUUAUAAUAUCGGGUAUCUUUUAGUUUUAUCGGAUUACUAUUGCUAUGCCUUAAUAAAAUUUCUUCGCUUUAUAUUUUUUGUUGUUCGUUAAGUUUAAAGUUUAUUUCUAAAAUUAAUUUUUUUUAAUUCCUGUAAAAAUUACUUAAAAUCAAGUUAUUAAAACAAAUUGUAGUUUUUAAACCAUUAUUGAAAAACCAGCUUGACUUUUAUAUGAUAUUUUUUAGCGCAAGCUCUAAUACAAAUGUAACUAAAGAAAAAUACUGAUUUUACUCUUAAAAAUUACACAUUUAAAAUGUCAUACUUUAUUUCUUUAAAACAACAAUUUCAUAUUUAGGCAAAUUUGAUUAUGUUCUUAUAAUUUAGGUUAUUAUUAAGUGUAUGAAAUUUUCUAUAAUUAAAUAUUUAACCAAAAAACUAAUACAUUUAAUCUAGUUUACAAGUGAGGAAGCAUUUCUCGACGAUCCACUUAAAUUAAUUACGUGUUAACAAUAAUUUAUAUAUUUUAUAAAUAUAUGACACACACGUUUUUUUUUUUGAUGAACUUUUAUUUGUUAGCAAAAUCAAUGCACUUAAAAAAAUCGGUUAAAAUAUUUUUAUCAAAAUAAGUACGGAUGCAUAACAAAGUAAAGUGAAUGUCCUUUAAAAGUAAUGAAAUCUCCGUUAAACACAAAUGGACUUCCAAGGAUCAAUUAUACAAGUUAGAUAGGUAGAUUUUUAAUUACAUCACGAUGUAAACUGUAGUGUUGCCUUUUGCCUUAAUUAUCGUUUAAUAUUAAUUAAUCAUUUAGUUGUAAGAAAAUGUUAUGUUCGUAGCAGAAGUGUAAAAUUAUAAGGGUUUAACUGAAUCUAUCAUAAUUGUUUUUUUUUUAUGAUAAUUAAACAAAAAUUAUAAGGCGAAAACAAAAUGAAUGUAUUGCGGUAAGUUGGCAUUGUAUCAUUUAGUAGAUUGUGCUGUAUUCUAGUAAAAUUGAAACAAAAUAUGUUUACAUUUAAAUAAGCUCAAAAAAUAAUAUUAGUAGCAAUAUUUAAGUAUUAUUAUGUGGUAGGGAUAUUUCAUUACAUUUAUUUAUUCUUUUUAAAUUUCCUUUUUAAAUCAUAUCUUGUACUUGGGAUUAUAUGUAGAUCGUAAAAAUUGCUCAAAAUUUUUGGAAUAUUGCAAUUGAUUGGAUAGGUAAUAUCAAAAUUAUCUAUCAUAUUUUUAUAAUAUUUUUCCCCCGAAAACCUAAGAAAAGUGAUAAAUUAAAAUAUAAAUUGACGGGGUCUAUAUUUUAAAAAGGUUCGAAAGUUUGCGUAUAUCCUCACUUAUUACAGUCUAUGGUAAAAAAGUCUCGUACAUAGCCAUUCUAUUUAUUUGAAUUUAUUUAUACUGAACCUUUUCCAAAUAAGGGCUUAAAAGGAAAAACCAGAUAUUAAAACUUUUCAAAUUUAGGUAUAAGAAAACCUUAAAUCUAAUAACAGUAAUGCAUCAUCUUAAUUUUUUUUUUUUUUAAUUAAUAUGAAUUUAAAAAAUACUUGAAUUUGAAGAUAUCUCUUUUAUUUCCUAUUUCGAUAAUUUUAAGAAUAUGAUAUUAUCUAAAUUUAAAAAGAAACAACGCCAUUCAGCUCUUGAAAUUAAAAAAGAUUAUUUGAAAUUUUAGACAUCUUUUUUGAAGUUUUAUAAUCUUCUUAGAAUCUUAUACCUGAUUCUAGAAUAAUAACCUUUGCCUUCAGCCAAGCCUAAUAUAUACCAGUUAAAAUAGCACACAUUAUCAAUAACUAUUGAAACAUAUACCACUAAAAUCAAUAGCACAAUUGGGACAGAAAUUCAUUAAAGCUAAAAAGCUUGAAUUUGGCUUGAAAAAUGUGGGAUUUUUAAAAAAAGAUCUACGCCAUAUUUUAAACACUGUAAUUUGAAUUUAAUCUAUUAUUAUUUAUUAAUUUAAUUAUUUAAAUCUAAAGAGAGUUAAAUGCACAAAGCUUAAGGAACCUUAAUCUAACAAAUCCUUUAAUGAACAAGAUAAAGACUAGGACUAUUUAUUAGAAUUGAUAAAUAUAAUGUAACUAGGAGUUCACACUAAGAGUUCCUUGGUAAGAAGGUCUGUCAUAAUAACGAAAAGAUUGAGUAUGGAUUUAAUGGCUAAACAAUUUAAUUUAGAAGCAUUUAAGUUUCUUCAAAGAUAUUUGGAUCUAUUUUGAAUUCUUGUUUUAUACUUAGUUUGGUAAAAAAGGAAAUUCCUAUGUUGAGAAAAACGUAGUCAACAGCCUGAAAAAUAGUAUCAACUACCUGAAAUAAACUGCUUUCACCACAUAUAAAGACCACUACGAUUUCUGGGAGAAACACAAAAUGAGUUUAGCAACCUGAAAGAAAAAGAAAUUAAUGUCUUCGACUUUGACUUCUUAGAGAAAUACAGUUAGAAGAAAAAUAAAAACCUCUGUAGAAACUCAAUGAAAAUAUUAAUAGUUUCAAACAAAAACCUAAUCAUUUUCGAUAAUCUUUAUAAAUAACCACUAACAUGCAAAAGUAAAUGUGGUUGUUUGUGCUUACUGCCUCUAUUUGAAAGUUAACAGUCUAAUUAAUAAUUUCUGUAUUUUAUUUUUUUAGUUGUUAGCUUUACUUGAGGUGAUAUCAAUAUCAGUUUUGUUAAGUAAAUGUUACUCUCUAAGUUUAUGGGUUCAAUUUUUCUCAUACAAUUUGUAAUUUUUUUUCAAAAAAACUUAAUAUAGUUUUCAUGGGUUCUCAGCCCCCGAUUACAUCUAUUAUGAAAAAACUAAGUAGUUUAUUCUCCUGUCCUGAAAUUAUUAUGAUUAUAGUAAUUUAGGAUACGGAAGAAAAUAGUAUCAAUUAAAUAGUUUCGUGUUAUUUUAAACCUAAUAAGGCAAACUGCCUCCACGAUGCUCAAUAAUCCCAAGUAAUUCGUUAGAAACUUACUGAAAUAUUAAAGAAAAACUGUUACGAAAAAAGUAGACUGUAUAUUCAUGUGAUAUAUACGUUCUUUGCUAACCUAAUUUUUGUUAAAAAUUACGAAUUAAAUGUUAAAAUUUUAUGCUUGCUCUGAAUUGAAAUUUAAAAAAAUACUACAUUUGAGUUACUUUAUAGUCUAAAACGUUAAAACUCCUUUCUACCCUAUAAAAUACAUAAACAAAAACAUAGAUACAGUUUGUCUUAAAUACGUGUGUCACUACUGAUGUAUCCAAAUGGUUAAAUGCCAGAAAGUUCGAUAAAUUAAAGAGCAAAGUUGUCGUUUUUAAUGGUCAUUUGAGAUUUUAUUGCCUUUUUGCACUGUUCUUAUUUUUCAUCAGAAUACAGGGUAAUUUAUAAGAACUUCUUUUGAAUUACUGAAUUUUGUUUUUAGUUUUUAGAGCUAAAAAUCAUUAUUAACAAUUUGCUGAAUCAUCUCCUCUAAAAGAACAUGACGUUUAUGCCUUCCGAGAUGGUUUUCCUAAGAUAUGGUCUAUAAUAUUUUCAAGAAAGCACAUUGUGACUAUAAAUCCUCUUAUAAGUAUUACAACUUUCACGUAGCGCAAUGCUUUAAGAGAGACAGGAAAAUAGAUAGGUCUACAGAAUAUGCUUGAUUCACAGCAGAUUGAAACGUCACUGAAUUUUUCUCAUCUCUUUGGCCUUUUUUCAUGGCAAUUCCUAGCGUUUUCCUUAGAUUUUGUUGGCAUAUUUUCAUCAAUUUCUACCAGCGAAAUCAUCGGGGUCUUUUAAUCGCUAGCCCUGAUAGACUCUCUAAUUUUGCUUGCUUGUUGGUCCUAUAUCGUCGUUUAAGUUACAUUUUUAUUCUUAUCUUAAAACCAGUAAAUUGUUAAAAGCUUGUAAAUCUUUGGAAUUUAUUCACAAAAAAGUUAAUCAUCUAUUUCCAUACUUUUAUGAGGUUAUUAUUCAUAUUGACUUCUAAUAACAUAAAACAGAUCAUUGAUUUAGAUAUUUGACCCACUUGGUUUUUUCUUUUAUGAACAUGACAUCUCUGCAUCUGUUUCGCCCGUAAUCAGAAAAGUCAGUCAUAUGCAUAGUAUAUAAAAUGUGACAGAAAAAGAAUGAGACUAAUUAUUUAUUUAUCAUAGUUAUUUGUUUUUUAAAUAUUAAUGUUACCCACUUUAAAAUAGUUCUUAUAGGUAGCUGCAAACCAAUAAAGACGUACUUUUUCAGUGUUAGUAGCAACGCUGCAGGUCUUCAACCGUUAUGGCUUUCAGCAUGUCCAUUGAACACUUUUGGAAGUGACGUCCUUUGAGAAUAUUAUUCAGUUUAGAAAAUAUAAAAAAGUGGCAGGAAUGCAAUCACAGGAGUGCUAUUUAAUGUCACAAAUUCUGCGAUGGAGAGAAUAGUGCGAUGUUAAGCAUUGUGAUGAUUGAGCAUUUUUCUGCAUGCAAUGUCUGGGUAAGGAACCACAUUUCUUCUUAGCCUCUCAAGAAUACCUUCAUAAAACACCUGUUUGACAAUUUGGAAGAAUACGUUCUUUAUAGAUGAUUCUGUCAAAAAGACAAAUCAGCAUUGAUUCGAUUUGCAAGUUAUUCAUUCGGGCUUUCUUUGAUCGAGACGAGCUGCUCUGAGCGUGCAACUUCUCAGUUUGCUUGUUAGUCUCUGGUUUCGAAAUCCAUGGUUCAUCCAUCACCUGUUUUCACAUAACUAAAGAAAUAUUGCCCACUGGCAAUUCUGUCAAGAAGAUCGAGACACUUGUUUAUUUAAUUCUCCUUCCGCUCUUGCUUUUUCGGCACUAUUUUGGUACAGACCUUUCGCAUCUUUAGAUGUUCAGUAAAUAUUUGAUGAACAGAAAAUUUGGUCAAAUUUGAUUGCUCAAUAUCUUUCUAUCUGUAACUGCAGAGGGUGAUGAGAACUACACUGCAUUUAGGCAUCAGUAGGCCCAUUUUGUCUCUGUUCAAGGCGUUGGAAACCUCUCCCUCAACUCGUCAUUCAGCCUAACGAAUCAACUAGAGCAACAACGUCACCAAGGAACUUCUUGAUUUCUUUAAGUAAUAAGUGGAAUAUGCCUAAAAUUCUACUGCGUAUAGACGAGAGAGCAGGGCAGUUUUAAAGUUUAUGCACCAUUGCCUCGUCUUCAUAGUUGCAUUCUCUACAUAAUGGACUUCUGCUUAGAUUCAUUUUAAAAAGGUGGUUAUUUAGUUGACAAAUUUCAAACUUGUGUAUCAUCCCACCACUUUUUGAAAAGCAUUUGAGAUUAUGAUUUCAUUAGUUCUGAGAUAUUCACCAUCCACGAAAAGCUCUGGCACUCUUAGUAAGAGAGUCAGCGGCAGGACUAUUCUACUUUUUUAAACAUAACAUUUGCCGAUCGUUCAAACCUAAACAAAAUUUAAUGGAAUAACGCUUCUCUAAAUUUUGCUUCUUUAUUUUGCGUAAUGUAGAAACAGAAAGCAGCUGAAAAAAUUACAUAAUUAAUGGAAGGCGUUGAAAUUCGCAGUGUUGCCAAAUUUAUUAUUUUUCUUCUACAUCUUGUAAAUAAGUUUAGGUUAACUUUUUUCUAAUUUGUAUAAAAUUUAUUUUUCAAUCUCUAUUUUAGGUUGUAAACUAGCCCAGCUGAGCUCUAAAGAUCUUGAAUGGAUUAAAAAGCAACCUUUCUCUAAUUUAACUGUAACUUUUUUCGUUUAGAAGAUAGAAAUAGUGGCAUGCGCUAUUUAAGAUAGACCCUGAAUUCAAGAUACAUAGAAAAUAUUUAAAUAAGAUUUCACCGCUUGCGCAAUAUUAGAAAAGAAUCUAAAAUAUUCUCUAAUAUAAUUUUAUCAAUGGAGGAAAUAUUAUUAGAUUUAGUAGAUUAAAUCACAUGCUUCAAAGACUUUAAUAGAGAUGUUAGUUAGAUGUGCUUUGUUAUUUUAAAAUAAUUUUUAAGUAGAAAAAUUAAACAAGAACCUAAUUUAUUAAGCAGGAGUUUGAUUAUAAAUUUUCUAAUGUAACUAUAAUUAGGAUAUCGUUGAGUAUUAGCCAAAACAAGUAUCAUCAUUUAAAUAUUGUUGUGUACAUAUUAUUUCAUUUUAUACAUAGAUAUGUUCACUGUUGCCUGUAAAUUGACCCAUUUAAGACAUCAUUUUAUAUAAUACCAAAAAAAGCAUAUUGAAAGAUGCUAGUGUUCAUCUAACUUGUCCAAGAAGAGACUAACAUACGUAAAUACUUAUUUAAAGAAAUAAAAGCAGAUUAAGUCACUUAGUGUUUAACGGAAAAUUAUAUCAAUCCUAAAGAAUUAUACUGAUUAAAAUACUAAGAUGUUUGCGUUAGUCUCAUUUCGGACAAAGAAAAAGAUAAAACCCCAAAUCAUGAGACGUAAAGUAAGUUUUUUGCUUCCUGAUAAAUAUAAAAAAUGUACCUAUAAUAAAAUUUUUAUAAGACUAGGUUAAGAAGGAUCUUAAAAGAAAUUAACAAAGGAGUCUAAAAUGUCAUUAGUUAUUUGUUAAAUAUUUCUAAGAGAACGUUACCCAUUAAAACUACUGCCAUUAAAAAAAAGGCUACGUAAAUGAGUCUUUUGAAGCACAGCUCUGCAUAUUCUAAGCAUUUUAUUUUUAAUGUGUGGAAAUGAAGCUCUCUAGGCAAUUAAUUACCCAUCAUGUCUUAAAAAAUUAAACUUUUAAGAUCUUUCUCUUUUAUAAAAUGAAAGCAUUUUAAUGGAUGAAAUCGAUGAAAAAAAUCCAAUAUUUUAGAAUAGAAGAACGAGUUCGCAUUUAUUAAAAAUUAAAGCGAUAGGUGAGAACAAUGUAGUUAAAUAUUUCUGAAAUAAAGAAAAUGUACCGUUAU